CUUUCCCUUCCUCUCGCAAACACACUCGCAAAAACCCUUCAAAUGCUUUGGCUGACGCAGUCUCUCUCUGGCAAACGCUCUCCAAUUCGUGAAAGCACAACUUUCCCUCUCUCUCGCAAACGCUCCAGCCGCCGUAGAUCUCGACUUUCUCUCUCUCUUGAAAAUGCUCUUGGUGUCAUUUGAAGGAGCUCACCAAACGCUCGCAAAAACCCUCGCAUCCGCUGUGAUACACGUUCGCCGUCGAAAUCAACCUCUAGCCACUGCUGUCUCUUCCUCUUCCCUAUUCAUCUUCGUUCGUCGUCUCAAGUUGUUCGAUGCUUCUCCUCCCUCAUCCGUUUGAUGCAAAAUCUAGAAAAUAUCCAUGUGAAUCCACAUAAUGCAGAGGUACAAAAACAACUAAAUGAGAAUCCAUUCCUUUUCUCAUCCUUUUCAGUUGGGAGAAGCUCUCUUUUUGAAGAAAUCGACAAAACACAUCUGGAAGUGCCUUUCAAUCGCAAUCACAAGUUGGUGGUAAAAAUUGUGGCUAAAGUGAAAGAUGAACAUAAGCUAUUUGAUGAAAUGCGAAGGAGAAUUUUAAGUUUUAAGAACCACAAGUAUUUGGUUUCUUUUUUAAACAAGGAGCAUUUGGAGCAUUUUCAAGUUCUUGCAGAACUACAAGUCCCUUACCUGGUCGGUGGAGAUGCCGAUUGAUUUCUAUAUAAACGGCACAGCUAUAUCAGUAUGUCUUAAAUUCCUCAUCAUUUACCCUUGUUGUUUCGGUGUCUGCACUCAAUUAGCCAGUGAACCUAUAUUUUUAACGAGACCAUCAAAUUAGACAUUAAUGAAACUUGUACACAAGGGUAGGUGCAAUAUAUAUGAAUAUCAAAAUAACGUUAUCGUUUGUUAUCGUUUAGCGUUUAUUUUUUAUCGUUUAUAUAUAUUUGGUAAUUUACAAGAUCGUGUAUCAAUUGUAUAUUAUUCUA